CCCAGUGCGAUGGUGAUCCGCAGCAGCAUGGAAUAUCAAAACCACCGUUGUCAACUAAUUUAAUUUGCUAGCUUGUCAAGUAGUGUGCUAGCUAAAUAGUUACCCAUUUAAUUCUUCAUCGUGUUGGACGAUUUGUUAAGUGCCUCGACAGUAGUUUUGUAGGACAGCUGGCUACGAUUGAAACGGAGUGCAGCAAUGGAAGGUAUUAUAAUGGACGACGAAGAUGACUGCCCAGAACUGGUUCCUAUCCAAACUAAACAAAAUAUCUCGACAGAGCAAAUUCCAGUCACUAUAAUCACUGGAUACUUAGGUGCUGGGAAGACGACCCUUUUGAAUUAUAUUUUAACAGAGCAGCACAACAAGAGAAUCGCUGUAAUACUCAACGAAUUCGGAGAAGGUAGCGCUGUGGAGAAGUCCCUUGCUGUCAGCCAGGCAGGAGAGCUGUACGAAGAGUGGCUGGAGCUGAGGAAUGGCUGCCUCUGUUGCUCGGUCAAGGACAAUGGUUUGAAAGCCAUUGAAAACCUGAUGGAGAAGAAGGGAAAAUUUGACUACAUCUUACUGGAGACCACUGGACUGGCAGACCCAGGAGCUGUAGCCUCCAUGUUCUGGGUGGACGCGGAGCUCGGGAGUGACAUUUAUCUGGAUGGUAUUGUCACCGUCAUCGACGCCAAACAUGGAAUGCAGCAACUUACUGAGCAGAAACCAGAGGGUUUGAUCAAUGAGGCAGCCAGACAGAUUGCACUGGCUGACCUGACCAUCAUCAACAAGAUCGACCUGGUGGGCGAGGAGGGACUGGGUGCGCUCAGAGAGACGGUGAGGUCUAUCAAUGGGCUUGUCAGAAUCAUAGAAACAGAGAGGUCAAGAGUUGACCUAUCGCAAGUGUUAGAUCUGCAUUCCUUCGAUAACAAAGAUAGCACAAGUUUGCAGGAAAAGUUACAGCUUGUCAAAACGACGCGGCCACAUCUCGACAAGAGCAUUCUUACAGUGACAUUUGAGGUGCCUGGCAGUAUUUCAGAGGAUGUCUUAAAUGUAUAUAUUCAGAACCUUUUAUGGGAGAAAACCUUCAAAAACAAAGCUGGGCUGGUCAUGAACGUCAUACGAUUAAAGGGGAUUGUUUCGCUGCGGGACAAGGCCCAUCAGGUGAUGCUGCAGGGGGUCCAUGAGCUGUAUGAGCUGGAGGAGACCCCCCAGAAGUGGGGCGAGUCAGAGCCCAGGGUCAACCGCCUGGUCUUCAUCGGGAGGAACCUUGACCAGGAGGUGCUUGAGGAGCAGUUUAUUGCAACGGUUCUGAACGAGGAGGGCAGGGAGACGUAGGAGGGGGUCUGUCCUCCUCGCCCCGGUGGUAGCCUAUGUGGUAAACCACAGAUAAAUCCCCAAUAUUAACCUCACAGUACAUCAGAGAUGCACAGCAACAGCCUGCCAACAUCCAACUCCAUAACUGGGAAUAAUGAAUCAUGAGCCAUUUAUGUCAUCCUUGAGAAGGACAUAUACUGAGC